CGCCGCACAGCCAACGGCCGCGAGUGGCGAGCCGCGUAGGUCCAGCUCCGGCGGCGGCGGCGCCGCGGGCUGCGGUCUUGGGGGUGUGAGGCCGGAGAGGUCCAGCCCACUCCCCGGAGGGGCCGGCCGCCCCGCCCCCUUCCCCAUUUCUCUCUCUGGCUCUCCCCCUUCCCCGGCUCACGCUCCCGACGCUUAGUGAGGCGGCUAGGGCGCCCGGGGCACUCGCGGAGGCGGCGGCGUCGCCCCCGCACUCGGCCCCGCCCCCUCGCGCCCCGCCCCGUCCCCGCCCUCUCCACCGCCCUCUGCGGGAGCCCGGCAGCUGCAGCGGAGCCGCGGAGCGGGCGGCGGGGCCGGGGCAGUGCGCUCGGGGAGCGCGGGAUGUGAGGCUCGGCGGGCCGCAGCGCGCACGGACGCUCGGACGGGCGAGGGGCGGCGACCCCUCGCGGACGACCGGCGCGCCCCGGGCCGAGGACUCGCUCUCUCGCUCGCCCUUGCGCGAGCCCCGCGCCCCCCAGCGCGCCGGCGGGACCAUGAAGAAGUUCUCUCGAAUGCCCAAGUCCGAGGGCGGCGGCGGCGGCGGAGCGGCGGGUGGCGCGGCCGGCGGGGCCGGGGCCGGUUCCAGCUCCGGCAGCUCGUCCGUGGGGGUCCGGGUGUUUGCGGUCGGCCGCUACCAGGUCACCCUGGAGGAGUCGCUGGCCGAAGGUGGAUUCUCCACGGUUUUCCUGGUGCGGACACAUGGUGGAAUCCGCCAUGCAUUGAAACGAAUGUAUGUCAAUAACAUGCCAGACCUCAACAUUUGUAAAAGGGAAAUUACAAUUAUGAAAGAGCUGUCUGGUCACAAAAAUAUUGUGAGUUAUUUGGACUGUGCUGUUAAUUCAAUUAGUGAUAAUGUAUGGGAAGUGCUUAUCUUAAUGGAAUAUUGUCGAGCUGGACAGGUAGUGAAUCAGAUGAAUAAGAAGCUGCAGACAGGUUUCACGGAAGCAGAAGUGUUACAGAUAUUCUGUGAUACCUGUGAAGCUGUUGCCAGAUUGCAUCAGUGUAAGACUCCAAUAAUUCACCGGGAUCUGAAGGUAGAAAAUAUUUUGUUGAAUGAUAGUGGAAACUAUGUACUUUGUGACUUUGGCAGUGCCACGAAUAAAUUUCUUAAUCCUCAGAAAGAUGGAGUUAAUCUUGUAGAAGAAGAAAUUAAAAAGUAUACAACUCUGUCAUACAGAGCCCCUGAAAUGAUCAACCUUUAUGGAGGGAAACCCAUCACCACCAAGGCUGAUAUCUGGGCGCUGGGAUGUUUACUGUAUAAACUUUGUUUCUUUACCCUUCCUUUUGGUGAGAGUCAGGUUGCUAUCUGUGAUGGCAGCUUCACCAUCCCAGACAAUUCUCGUUACUCCCAGAAUAUACAUUGCUUAAUAAGGUUCAUGCUUGAACCAGAUCCAGAGCGUAGACCUGACAUAUUUCAAGUGUCCUAUUUUGCAUUUAAAUUUGCCAAAAAGGAUUGUCCAGUUUCCAACAUCAAUAAUUCUUCUGUUCCUUCAACUCUUCCUGAACCGAUGACUGCUAGUGAAGCAGCUUCUAGGAAAAGCCAAAUAAAAGCCAGAAUAACAGAUACCAUUGGACCAACAGAAACCUCAAUUGCACCAAGACAAAGACCAAAGGCCAACUCUACUACCGCCACUCCCAGUGUGCUGACCAUUCAGAGUUCAGCAACACCUGUUAAAGUCCCUGCUCCUGGUGAAUUUGGUAACCACAGACCAAAAGGAGCACUGAGACCUGGAAAUGGCCCUGAGAUUGUACUGGGUCAGGGGCCCUCUCAGCAGCCUCCACAGCAGCAUCGAGUACUUCAGCAGCUACAGCAGGGAGACUGGAGAUUGCAGCAACUUCACUUGCAGCAUCGCCACCCGCCGCAGCAGCAGCUACUUCAGGACGCCUGUAUGCAGCAGUAUCAACAGGCAAUGCAGCAGCAACAGAUACUUCAACAACAGUUUUUAAUGCAUUCCAUGUAUCAGCCCCAACCUUCUGCAUCACAGUAUCCUACAAUGGUGCAGCAGUCCCAGCAGGCUUUCUUGCAGCAACAAAUGCUAGCUCAGCAUCAGCAAUCCCAGCAACAGGCUUCACCUGCGUAUCUUACCUCCCCUCAAGAGUUCCCGCCCGCCUUAGUUUCCUAUACUUCAUCACUUCCAGCUCAGGUUGGAACCACAGUGGACUCCUCUUACAGUGCCAAUAGGUCAGUUGCUGAUAAAGAGGCAGUUGCAAAUAUUACAAGUCAGAAGAACAUCAGUAACCCACCUGAUAUGUCAGGGUGGAAUCCUUUUGGAGAGGAUAAUUUCUCCAAGUUAACAGAAGAGGAACUGUUGGACAGAGAAUUUGACCUUCUAAGAUCAAACAGGCUCGAGGAGAGAGCAUCCUCAGAUAAGAAUGUAGACCCACUUUCUGCUCCACAUAACCAUCCUCCAGAAGAUCCUUUUGGUUCUGUUCCUUUCAUUUCUCACUCAGGUUCUCCAGAAAAGAAAAUUGAACAUUCAUCCAUGAAUCAAGAAAAUAGUUCUGCAAACCCUAUCAAGAAUAGAAAAGCAAGUCCAGUAUCUAAAGACCACCGGACUGGAAAGAAAACCUCAGAGAAUUCAUUAGUACAGGGUCAAGUGCAGAAGCGGAACGAUGAGUCUGAAAGUGAUUUUGAAUCAGAUCCCCCUUCUCCUAAGAGCAGCGAAGAGGAGGAACAGGAGGAUGAAGAAGUUCUUCAGGGAGAACAAGAUUUUAAUGAUGAUGAUACUGAACCGGAAAAUCUGGGUCAUAGGCCUCUCCUCAUGGAUUCUGAAGAUGAGGAAGAAGAGAAACAUAGCUCUGAUUCUGAUUAUGAGCAGGCCAAAGUAAAGUACAGUGAUGCGAGCCCUGUCUACAGAGACAAAUCUGGCAGCGGACCAACGCAAGAUCCUCCUAACACACUCCUCACCCCAACCCGAUUGCCCUCUGAUGUUGGAGUGGAGGCUCCUAAACAGGAGUUUGAUGUAUUUGGCGCUGUCCCCUUCUUUGCAGUGCGUGCUCAACAGCCUCACCAACGGAAGAAUGAAAAGAACUUCUGUCAACAGCCCCUCUGUCCUACUGUGGGUCUAGAGCAGGAGGAAUUUGAUGUAUUCACAAAGGCACCCUUCAGCAAGAAGGUGAAUGUACCAGACUGCCGUGCAGUGGGGCCCAAAGCACAAACCCUCCCUGGUUGUCCGAAAAGUGUAGAUAUCUUUGGCUCCACUCCCUUUCAGCCCUUUCCCACAUCAACAAGCAAAAGUGACAGCAAUGAGGACCUUUUUGGGCUUGUGCCCUUUGAGGAAAUAACUGGGAGUCAACAGCAAAAAGUCAAACAGCGAAGCUUACAGAAACUGUCUUCUCGCCAGAGGCGCACAAAGCAGGAUCUGCCCAAAAGUAAUGGCAAGCGGCAUCACGGCACGCCAACCAGCACGAAGAAGACCGUGAAGCCUACCUACCGCACUCCAGAGAGGGCUCGCAGGCACAAAAAGGUGGGCCGCCGAGACUCUCAAAGUAGCAAUGAAUUUUUAACCAUCUCAGACUCCAAGGAGAACAUUAGCAUUGCACUAACCGAUGGGAAAGACAGAGGGAAUGGCCUGCAGCCUGAGGAGAGUCUGUUGGACCCCUUCGGUGCCAAGCCCUUCCAUCCUCCAGACCUGCCGUGGCACCCUCCACAUCAGGGCCUGAGUGACAUCCGUGCCGAUCACAACCCUGGCCUGCCUGGGCGGCCCAGACCCAAUUCACUGCAUGGCUCAUUCCAUAGUACAGAUGCCUUGAAAAUGGAUGAUUUCGGUGCCGUGCCCUUUACAGAACUUGUAGUGCAAAGCAUCACUUCACAUCAGCCCCCACAGUCCCAGUCAGUCGAAUUAGACCCAUUUGGUGCUGCUCCAUUUCCUUCUAAACAGUAGAUACUUCUGGCGGACUCUUGGCAUUAACUCCUGUUUCAAAAAAGUAUGAAUAGUUUUAUGAAUUUGAAAGAAAAUUUAUUUGUAUAGCUCUUUAUAUCAUUCACUCUUACAGGUCAAUCAAUAUAGGUGAAUUUUUAAAUAAACCAAAUAGAAAAAGGAAGUAUCUCCACAGGGUAGUGACUCGCUGUCUUUUCCAUGCAGGAGAAAAGGGAGCUCGACUGCUCGCUCUAACCCUGGGUUUCAGCCACCAGACGUGACUCCACGGAAAUCCCGGGAAAGCACGUGCCACCUUUCCAGUUGUGUAGCCACUGAAAAGGGACUGGAAAGCUGUGUCAUUCUUUUUAGAACAGAAUGUCACUUGUGUGUGCAUAUUCUGGGCUCAUGGCAGGAUCCAGCGUGUAAAACUAAGGUUAUUUGUACAUACACAGGUUGCAUUUGUGGAUUUUUUAAAGGUCUCUUCUAAUUUCCACACAGUAAAAGCAAAAUCUGGUUCUCCUAAAGAAUUAAAAAGUUAAUACCUGGAGAGAGCAGAGAUUUAGUCCUUACACCGUUCUCGACAAAGCAGAGCCAGAAGUAACUGACUAUUGUGCCUAAAACUGUUGCAUUUUUAGAAACAAGUGCCAUUAAUAUGGAACAUCUACACAGAAGCCUAGGACAAAAACUAAAGAGAAAUACCUGACGUGUGGAAAAUGUAAAAGAAAAAAAAUGAUACUGAAGAGAGAGAAAAAAAAAACUUACUUCAGGAACACUUUAUAUAUUGUUUUUGAAUGGCUUCUUGCUCAAAACUUUUACUGUCAUGUCCCUAAUAAAGCAGAUUGUUGGAAAAAUGGGGAGUGAGGACUAGGGUUGUAUAGAAAUUGUACUUCAGGAAAAAAAAAUGUAGCUGAAACCCUGUUUUUAAGACGUUUACAACAUAAAAUCAUGUUGCAUUUAAUAAUGUACUUUAUUAAAUUACCACCUUCCCCAAAUAUUCCCCAAGUCACGAGCAACAACUUUCUAGUUAGGUUGGGAGGGUGGAGUAGUUUUAAUAAAGUGCACAGAACAGUGAAACCCAUAAAGCCUUAUAGGCAGGACUCACGCAUCCUGCUCCAAGUACCUCUGCACUAAUACGCAAGAUCUUAACAUGGCUAUAAGGUGUGAGAUGGGAACUAGCAUCUCAGUUCUGCUAGUUGAUGCGUCUCUAGUGAAAAGAACCCAGCUACCAAAUUGCCUUUUUUUUACACCCCAAAUCCUAAUUAGAAACUUGAGAUUUUAUAGAAAUUGUUUAAUAAGAUAGAAAUUACUAUAUGAAUUAAUGUGAAUACAGUAUCUGUGCUUCCUGUGUCUCCAGCUAUUUUAAGUUAUAAUUAACUGUCCUUCCCUAUCAACAUUUAGAAGUUUCUAGAACUGAUAAAGCUAUUUACAAAAAGGGGUGGAAACUCUUAUUAACUGGCACUCUUGAUUGCUAUACUUUAAAUGAACUUUCUUUGAACCCAAUUAAAGUGUAUUUUAUGAGUAAUCUUAUUAGAAUAUCUUAAUUAUAGUGCCCCAAAUGGGAUGAGCUAUUUGCCUGUUUUCACAGUUCUAAACUUGGAAAGAAGCAAAGUAUAUGUUACUCAACUAUAUAUUCAUUUUUAUUGUUUCUUUUCUCUUUUAUAUUUUAGAUAUAAAUUUGUGGACAAACAGGGAAGCAAAUAUGUGAAUCACAGUGUAGCAGAGGCAGACCAAGCAUUAUAUUACUGCUUAAGAGUUGUAUUUUUAGAGCCCCGACUGCACCAAUUACUUGUCCUUGUGCCAAAGGCAAAUAUUAUGUUUGCACCUUUUUUUUUUUUCCUGAUUCUCAGGUUGAUUAAUACUGCUAAUGCAAAUGCUUAAGUAGGUGUUCUUCAAAACUUUACAGAGUAGACUCAAGUGAUACUUUCUUUUAAAAGUGAAGAGUUGAUGAUUACAUUUAGUAAAUUCAUGGUAGGUUUGUAUCAAACAAUUUUUUUUUUAAUGAAAAUUUGUUGAUGUGUACACGGUAUGCUUUUGACUAUUUUAGUCCUUGGCCUUGGUCUCUGCUAGACCUCAUGAGUUUUAUAAUUUAAAAGGGGUAGUAGAUGAAUUAAUGUGGUCUCCUUGGGAUGUAAACAUGAAAUACUUGGAUGUCUGAUACCAAGGCCUUGCUUACACUUGCUUUUCAAUACACUGAAUAAUUUUAAGUGAUUUAGACACUGAUGUAGGCACUUCGGGCUUAUAAAGUUAGAUGAAUUCUAAAGAAACAAUUUUGACAUUGUUUAAAAUACUUCCAUCCGUAUGUUUAUUAUAUUACAGCCCAGUGACUUUCCUCUUUUGAGAUUAUAGCUCAGAGGAAACAUUAGGAUUCGACAGGGGACCCAGUCGGAUAGAAAUGGGGAGAUUCCUGUGUGUUGAAGUAAAGGCAUUUUCCAAGGAGUACAGGAUUAGGGUUGCUUUCCAUUUUUCAUUAUCUCCUCCCACUAUCGUUAGGAUGUAGGUCACUCUCGUGAUGCCCAGGUAAUUCCCUUAUGAGAAUUAUGAGACUCUCAAGGCACGUGAAAGAGCCUAACACAUACUUGGGACACAACGUUCAGUAAAAGUUUGGUUCUAUUAUGGGAUGGUCCAAUUCUUGUUUAAGGAAGGAGAGUUGAAAUUAUUUUCCUAUUAUUAAUCAGGUGUCCUCUGUGCUUUUGUACGUAAAGUAGUCAUAACUAAACCUGUAAUACUUGAACAUCACGCUAAGGGAAGUAAAUUAUGAAGCUAGCAAAAAUCUGAGGCCAAAGUUAUUUCUGUCCUAACAGCUUUAAUAAUGCUUGUUGAUUUUGAAUAAUCGUUUUAAAAGUGGACCAUUCAGUUAACUUUUUAAAUAUCACUUCACAAUUGUUAGUGUUAAAAAGAUCAGCUUUUAUGGCAUGUAAGAAUGUAUCUGCUGAGACACAAAAGUUGCUUGGUAUAUGUAUUAGGUGGAGGAAGAAAGGUUUUAGGCCAGAUGAAAAUUUAACUGGCUAGAAUAUUUAUUCAGAAGUAUCAGUGGGAAAUUGUGUAAUUCUUCCACUGACCUACCACCUAUCCCUGAAUGUGUACUUGGGCACAGUUAUGACAUUAUUUGGAAUUGUAGAUAGACACACCUUUUGAUCCCACCCUGUUUAUUGUCUAACGGUAAUAGAUUGUUGUUCUCAUACUGCUGGUGGAAAGAGUAAGGCGGAGCCCCCCUUUGGCUCUGAUGUUCAUAGGCAGAGCAGUUUUCUUACUAUUUGGCUACUCUGCUUAGUUUAGGUUUUGGUACUUCAUAUAAGCAUUGCUAGAAGGUACACAUGUAUUAAUAUCACUAGGUCUGAAGAGUUUGGUACAUUUGUUUUAAUAUGUGUAGAAUGUGCAGUUAACUUUUUCUUCCCUUUUAGCAAAAUCACUCAUUAUUGUUAGGUCUGAUACUGAGCUGACAGAUCUACUGUGAGAAUGAGAUGACAUAUCUACUGUGAGAAUAAAAAUUAUGUUUGAAAACUUUUGUAUACACCAGGGUGUCUAUAUAUUGAGAAAAAUAUAUAAACACACGCAUGCAUGCACAUGUCACAUCUCUCUACUGUGGAGUUAAUGUGAAUUUUUACUUUUAAAUGGAAUUGCAACCACAAUCAUUACUAAAAGAACAUUCACUCCUAGGGAGGUUUUAUAAAAGCCACUAAAAGAAUGAGGUAGACAGAUGAAAAUGCAAUGGGUCAUCAUUUGGGGUUAUUUUUAUUUAAAAAUCGAUUGUGCUACUUUUGAAAGAACUUUUUUUUCCUGCUCUCUUUUUGUGAUUGAAGGUCAUCUAAUGGUAAGCAGUACAGUAAUAGUAAGCUACUUUUUAAAUUGCUGGCAAACAGCUUUAAGUGCACUUUCUUUGAUUAAACUUCCAUUUUUUGUUAAACUUGAAUUUUCUGAAGCCUUUUAUGUACCACUAAGCAAAUAACUUUUAAUAAACCUGAUUUACGUGCUUAUUAUAUUUCUGAUUGUUACAAAACAUACUUUCUAAAGUAACUUCAAUCCUCAAAUAUAGCUGGGAAACUGUUUAUGAGAUAGAAUCAGUUGCUUUUUUUUUUUCUUUCUACAUCUAAUUAAGCACUAACUGAUUUUACGACUUUAUUGUCAUUACGUUGCUUAUUCUUCUUGACUGAAUUCUGUCCCUCAUUCACUUUGUUUUGUUUGAAAUUUAAAAUUAUUUUCUUACUGUAUUUAUCAUACCUACUGUUUUAAUAAUCUGCUUUCUUUAAAUGCAAUAAAUCCCAAAUGGA